AUGUCUUCAUCCUCCCUUCCCAGCAAGAUGCGCAUUAUCCAGAUCGAGAAGACUGGCGGUCGCGAUGUCCUCCAGUACGACGAAGUACCAGUGCCAAAGCCUGGUAGUGGUCAGGUUUUGAUCAAGAAUGAGUUCAUCGGUGUAAACUACAUCGAUACUUACUUCCGCACUGGAUUGUACCCCCCUCCCAAGUUCCCUUACAUCCUUGGCCGUGAAGGCUCCGGUCAGGUCGUCGCCAUUGGUGAAGGCGUCAAGAAGUUCAGCGAGGGUGAUCGCGUUGUUUACUUGGCCGAAGCUUCGUAUGCCGAGUACACCCUGGCUGCGGAGAGCAAGACUUCCCAAAUCCCUGAGGGCAUCUCGAACCACGAUGCGGCUGCUGUUCUUCUUCAGGGUCUCACGGCUUUGACCUUGAUCCGCGAGGCACACGAGGUCAAGAAGGGUGACUGGGUGUUGGUGCACGCUGCCGCGGGCGGUGUCGGUCUCAACCUUUGCCAGCUCCUUCGUGGUGUAGGAGCCCAUGUAAUUGGCACUGUCUCGACUCCUGAGAAGGCUGAGCUGGCCAAGAAGCACGGCGCUGAGCAUAUCAUCAUGUAUACCGAGGAGGACGUCGAGAAGAAGGUCAACGAUCUCACCGGUGGCUUGGGCUGCCAUGCUGUUUUCGAUGGUGUCGGUAAGAGCACCUUUGACGUCUCGCUGAACUGCACACGCCGCAAGGGAACUUUGGCCUCUUAUGGAAACGCGUCUGGCGCUGUCCCGCCUUUGACCAUUGCUCGAUUGAGCGCCAAGAAUGUUAAGGUCUGUCGGCCAACCUUGUUCAACUACAUUACUACGGAGGAAGAGUGGACUCAACACACUCGUGACCUGUUUGACUUUGUUUUGAAGGGCGACUUGGAAAUUAAGGUUCAUGAAGUCUAUAAGCUGGCCGAGAGUGCCAGGGCUCAUGAGGAUCUGGAGGGAAGGAAGACGACCGGGAAGCUGCUUAUGAAGCCAUGA